AUGGCGGUGGUGGAGGUGGGGACAGCAGUGGUGGAGGUGGGGAUGGCAGCGGCAGUGACUGAGGUGGCGCAGGCACAGGCGGCAGCGGUGGAGGCGGCAGCGGUGGUUGCGGCAACGGAGCUGCCUCCAUCGUCAUCGCAGGCGCCAUCAUCCAUCUCUACCCCACCAAGAAUCAAUUACAAAGUGUUCUUGAGUUUUAGAGGUCCUGAUACUCGCAAGGGAUUUGCAGAUUGCCUCUACACCAGACUGUCUAAUGCAGGGAUCAUUGUCUUUAGAGACGAUAAUGAGCUUGAUCCUGGAGAAGAUAUCCCUGUUGCAUUGGUUCAAUCCAUAAAGCAAUCCGAGAUAUCAAUACCUAUUAUCUCCCAGAAUUAUGCAUCGAGUAAGAGUUGUCUCAUGGAGCUGGCCCAAAUGGUGGACUGCAAAGAAGAAGACGCUCAACUGAUCAUGCCCAUUUUCUAUGAUGUUAGCCCCACUGAUUUAAAAAACCAACGUGGACGAGUUGGGGAGUCCUUCCGUCAUCACGAGGACCGUAAAAUUGACCGCAAGGUCAUUGAUAAAUGGAAGCAGGCUCUCGGAAAGAUUGCUGAGAUUAAGGGGUAUGAUCUGCAGAAUUCAAGCAAAGGUUAUGGUGAACUCACAGAGGAAAUUGUCUCAUAUGUUCUAGAGGUGUUGAAAAUGAAUGAUUUAAUAGUGAGGGACGGUUUGGUGGACAUGGAACCCCACGUACGGGAGGUUAUGAAAAAGCUUGGUGUCAUCUAUGUCAAUGAGCAGGCAACCGGAGUAUAUGACAAAGAUGUACGUGUACUUGGAAUAUGCGGCAUGCCAGGGAUUGGCAAGACUACCCUUGCAAAGGUUGUGUACAACAAAAUCCAUCAUCUCUUUCAACGUUGUAGUUUUCUUUCCAAUAUUCGAGAAAAUGGUGCAUCCGAUAGACUCAAGGGCCUACAAGAACAAUUAAUCUCAGACCUCCAAAGGAAGAAACGUCAAAGUCUAGGAACCCUUGACCGAAUGACUAAUGUCAUAAAAAGUUCAUUUAGCGGAAUGAAAGUUCUCAUUCUCCUUGAUGAUGUGCAUAAUUUUGACCAAAUCGAACAUUUAGUCAAGGAUCUAAGUUGGUUUGGCCCUGGAAGCAGGAUUCUCAUGACAGUUGGAAAUAGUGAUGUUCUUGAUGGUUACAAAGAUGGAAUGGCUGAUAAGUAUGAGGUUGGAGAAAUGGAGACUCAUCAAGCUCUUAAACUUUUUCACAUGCAUGCUUUUGGCGGGUAUACUCGUGAAGAAAAGGAUAAGUAUGAUUCUCUGUCCAGAGACAUUGUUGACACUAUCAAAGGCAUUCCUUUGGCUAUUGAAUUAGCAGCUUCAUACUUGCAUAAGCAUAAGGGGGACAGCCAAAAAUGGCUACGUAAAUUGGAAAACUUAAAAAGGAAGCCAGAAUAUCGUGUCCAAAAAUUAUUUGAGUUAAGCUAUGGCUCUUUGGAUGAAGACACGCAAAAUAUAUUCCUUGAUAUAGCAUGUUUUUUCAUUGGAACGGAUGAGAGAAUUCCCCCAUACAUGUGGCACGCAUAUGACUACGAUCUAAGCGGAAUCAUGAUUCUCCGUGACAUGAGUUUGGUCAAAAUAGGAGAAAAUAAUGAAAUAUGGAUGCAUGAUCAACUAAGAGAGUUUGGCAGGGAAAUUGUUAGGAAAGAAGAUUCCUAUGAGCCUCACAAUCGCAGUAGGUUAUGGAAUCACAAAGAAGCACUUUCCACGCUUAAGGGAGAGCAGCUAUACUUUUCAAGCAGUACUAUAAAGGUGGAAGCCCUUGGUCUCACAUUUGAUAAGGGACAAGGGGAAUGUAUUGGAUCUGAAGGAUUUAGCCGUCUAGUGCACUUGAGGUUCUUGAGUUUGGACCAGGCUACUGUUGGAGGGAGUUCUCACAAUGUUCUUUCAAAUUUAAGGUGGCUUGAUUGGCAAGGGUGCAGCCAGAUCUCUGAAUUACUUAUUUUCCAUUUGGAGAAACUGGUCAUUCUUGAUCUAUCUCACAGUGAGUUCACUGGAAAUUCACAAGUAUGGGGACAAAUCCUGAAGAAGGCAAAGAUAUUGCAAGUUUUGAACCUAAGUAGCUGUCAAAGUCUGAAUGCAUUUCCAGACUUCCGUGCUUUGAUGAAUUUAGAGAGAUUAGUCCUGGAACGUUGUUCCAUGUUACCUGGAUUUGGUCAAUUGGUAGGUAAUCUAGAAAAAUUAGUCUCCUUAAAUCUUAGGUUCUGCAAAUCCGUCACAGCCUUGCCGCAAGAACUGUGUGAUUUGAAAGCUUUGGAAGAACUUCUGAUUGAUGGAACUGCCAUUAAAGAGAUUGAUUUCAAACAAGCCUCCAUGAAGGAACUUAAGGUUCUGAGCGCUUGCCAAUGUAAAAGUUUGGUUCAUAUAUCAGACUCUAUUGGCCAAUUGGAAUCUCUUUUGCAUCUUCGACUGGAUGGUGCCGCUAUUUUUAGCCUACCAGUCUCUAUUGGAUCCUUAAAGGAACUUCGGAGCCUGCUUCUAGGAAAUUGUCAGAAUUUAUCUCAGCUUCCUUAUUCCAUUAAGAAUCUAAAGUCGCUAGAAGUCAUGGAUCUAUCAAGCACCAAGAUUGCUAGAUUACCUAGGCAUGUCGAGUUUUUGGAAAAUAUGAAAGUGCUGAAGAUGAAGAGAACUCACUUAAGAGAAUUCCCCAAAGAUAUAAAAAAUCUUAAAAAGCUGGAAGAGAUAGAUCUUUCGCAAUGCAGUAAUCUGAAGGGGCAGAUUCACUGUGAUAUCAGAGGAUUUUCCUCUCUGAAAAUUUUGAGAUUAUCAUCUACGAAGAUUUCUGGCCUACCCUGGAGUGAUGGCAGGUUUUGUGACCAAAAACCCGUUUCAUUGGUCUCUCAUCUCCAGCAACUAGAUUUAAGUGAAUGUGACCGACUUCGGGCUUUGCAAAGACUUCCGUUUAGUUUAAGCAUUCUUCGCUGGGGAUCCAAAAAAUUGAGGACAGUGCCAGACCUUUCUUACUUGAGAAACCUGAAAGAGCUGUACUUGGGUGAUAACUUGGGUUAUCCUACUGAUCCAAUGCAGAAGUCUUCCUCUGAGCCACCACAAAUUGGAUGGUUAAUAAGACUAGAGAAUCUAGAAAUCUUGGAGUUGUGCCUCUUAAAAAUAACCACGCUACCAGAAAAUUUCAGUGAACUUCAACUUAGAAAACUUGUUUUGCACUACUUCGACUUGCUUGACCUCCGACAGCUACCUUCUAGCUUAUCAGUAUUGUGCCUUCAGCACUGUAAGAUUGAAGAUUCACAAUUUUCUAUGAUUAGCGGUCUGUCUGAAUUAGAACUCAAACACUGUCGCUUGGCAGAGAUUGCGGAGACUAUAAGUCUUGGAGAUUUGAGUCGAUUGGAACUUCUGAAAAUAUCAGACUGCAAUGUACGGACACUUGAUGGGCUGGAAAAUUUGACUCGUUUCAGAAAGCUUACUUUAGACAACUGCUGUUCAUUGACCGGAUUACCAGAUCAAACAAAUCAUACAUUUGAAAUCGAUAAGUACAAUUUCCCAGAAGAAUAAUAGUCGGCAGUUAUGUUGCUUGCACCUAUGGUCAGAACAUUGUGGAAAUUGCUUCAAAAACGAUUCCAACUUCAAUAAAAGGUUGGAGGCUUUUCUGAAAGAUAGAUGAUGCACCAGUCGGUCUUCUUCUCUUUCGCCUAAGGCACUGCCUGCAGUCAAAUUUCUGUGCAAUGUCCUCUCCACAUCGUGUGGGCCUGGAACUUCUCUCUUGGUAGGCCCGUCCUUGGGGGCUUGUACAGAAGAAGUUGGGGACAGAUUUACUAGCAAUAUACUGUGUGGGCUGGGAUGAAUACUCAAUAUCAGAAUGAUGAUUGGGCAAAGACUCUACUUGGUGGAGGAGGAGAGAUGGCUGGCUCUUUUGUUUGAAUGGGAGAUUUGUAGCCUUGAAGUCCGGUGGAUGCACGUUGUGAAGAUAAUGCGAUGGCACUCGAGUGCGGAUGCGUGGAGUCAGCAUGCUGCUCCUUCCUUUUCGGGCUGUGGCUUAAAAGAUUGACAGGGGAGUCGCAGCUGCAGUGUUGCAGAGUUUUAACUCUCAAUCCGGGUGAUGUCCCGGUAACUUAAAAAGUAGUAAGAACAAUGCAUUUCGCCUACCCGUGUCUGUGUUGCAACGAGUGUCAAAUGGGUAAUCAUUGUCUCAUAUCUGUUCCAAUCAGUAAACCAAUCCCGAGUCCAUAGCAUGUAACUUCAAUCAGGCACUGCAUUUUUCCAUCAAACAUUGUUGUGCUUGCAUUAUCCAUUAUGCUCGAGCUCUCUUAUUCGAAGGCUUAUUAUGGGACAGUCAUAUGAUGUUAGCACUUCCGGAAAGCCAAAAUAAUUCAUUUUGUGUUUUUCAAGCUUGUUAUACUACAUUUGGCCAUGUGACAAGGAGAAGAACUUACAUGCUUCUGUUCUGUGACGAUCAUUUUCUCUCUUUCUUCUUUGCUACUGAGAAUGGUGAUCCGUGGGUGAUUUUCCUGAGGAAGCCUCCUCCAAGAUGUGACUGGAACUGGAAUGCAUCGUAGGGUCAUCUUGUCAUCUUAAACUUCUGUUCUACUGAGGAAAGUACGUGUACACCAUAACUAGAUAUAGAGAGAGUGAAAAGACAUGGAAACUCUUCUUUUUGGAGAGAGGACAUGCAGAGUGCUUUCAGGUUAUCCUUUAGAAUAUGUCGUCCGAUAUGGAUGUAAAGUACGGAUAUCUACUGUUUCACGAGAAAUAUUGAAGCAUCUUGAAUAUCACUGUAUGUCUGUCAUUAA